AUGUCUCAGAAAAGAAAGACUCCCGCCACUGCCCCCAGCGCCUCCAGCGCUCCCAGUGCUCCCAGCGUCUCCAAUGGCCCCAAUGCCCCUACCACUCGCCCCCGAGGAGGAAAAAAGAUCAGAGCAAUACUUUCGAGGGAGAAAGCCGCCAAAGAGCUUAAAGACGCCCUCGCCUCUGCUGCGAGCGCUGGUUCUGCUGCCGGCACUGGAGAAUCCUCCACUGCUCCUCCUGUCGCCUCCCCUUCGACCGACUCCCAUACUGUUGCCUCGCAGGCACCUCCCCCGGCCAUCACUACUCCAGUAGUAGAUCCUCCUGCCGUGUCCCCCUCCAUGCCCAGCACCACUAGUGCAGUAGUCCCCACGGUGGGAGCUGCCUACCGUAUCACUCCUGCUUCGUUGGUCCCCGGGUUGGAAUUAACGAACGAGGAAGUAGAAGACCUGUCUGGGUAUUUACCCAGUGUUAUUGCUACCUUCAUCCAGGACCGUAGGGUUACCUUGGAGGUACCCUGGGAUUUGUGGGCCUAG